AUGCGUGAACGUUCUCGUGUAGAACGCCGUGACUCAUUGGUCUCUGCUGUGACAUCUUUUCCUCGUAUGGUACACUUCGACAUCGCCAUCAACCCACUUGUCACACCAACGCAGUACCAAUGCCAGUUCUUGGACGUACAACGACGGGUCGUGACAUGGACUCAUCGUUCGGUUGUUCUCUACGUUCCCAACGAGCAUUGUAAUUAUGGUAUUGAAAUUACUGUAGUUGAUUCACGUAAUCGACGAAGUACCACUACUAAAGCCCAGGUGAUUCGAUUCGAAGAAAAGUACCAAAUGCUCUUAUCAGCCGAUGGAUGGAAUGCUGGCGUGAUUAUUUUGUCGUUGAUAGUUCUGACGUCAUUCGUGACUGUAUCCGGUGGGCUGGUUGCUUGCCGUAUAAGAGAUCGUCGUGAGUGGAAAACGAUCAAGCGAAGUAUCAGCCCUCCAUCACCUGCUCUAACGAUCACAAGGACCACCUCGACCUCUGUGGUCGGAGCCACAAAGAAAUACGUACUGAAAGAUCAAUGUCCCACGCGAACUUUGAACAUGGUCCGAUUAUCCUUUAGUGACGACAGCGAAACACCAGUGAAUUCGACUCCUAUUGUGAAAGCAGUAAGUGGUAAACUUGAAAGUGUUGAAGAGCUGCACAAGUCUUCUUUCUUAAAGAAUUCCACAAUGGAAACGUCUGAUGGCGACGACUGCUUCAAGGUGCUUCCUAUUACUCCAACGACUGACGAUACCGAGUAUGAUACGAUUGGCACACCAAAGCUCACACAUAAUGUAACUCCUUUGACUCAUUAG